CGGAGGACGAUGCUGACUCAUGAUGUGGGAGAGGAGAGGUGGACCUCCUCGGUUACAUCUCGGCUACUUCCUCAUGUUGUCCCCAACACUCCUCCAGAGUCUUUAUUUUGUCCGACAUCUGGCUGAGUCCGGUCCAGCUUUUGGUCCUUUGGAUUUGUCCCCCAGGUCCUAGAUCUAGUUCAGUUCCACCUAUCACCAUACACACAUCACUGAACUUAGACCUGUCACCCAUCACUGGAUCGGACUCAUCUUCCAUCCCUGGGCUUGAACCUGUCAUCCGUCACUGGACUCGGUCAGCAGUACACCAGGUCCUAGACCCAGUUCAGUUCCACCUAUCACCAUACACACAUCACUGGAUCGGACUCCUCAUCCGUCAGUAGACUCAGACCUGUCAUCUGUCACUGGACUUGAACCUGUCAUCCGUCACUGGACUCGGUCAUCAGUACACCAGGCCAGAUCACAGAAGAGGUUGAACCAUGGAGCUCAAUAAUUUAGUCGACAUGACCUCCACCCACUCGCCCUUCAUCGUUGGAACCAUCUCCAUCAUUACCUUCCUCAUCGUGAUCCACAUUCUUAGAAUCAUCUUCACUAUAAUGUCGGACGGCAGCAUCAUCCCGUCUUGGAUGCAGAUAUACUUACCUUCUUUUUACCAUAGACUGGCUACAGACAACUUGAAGAAAAUUAAGUUUCUGCAAAAAGAGCAUUUGGACAAGAUGAAGACCCUGGAAAAGCGUCUGAACAAUCAGAUUGCAGAAACUGCAAACAACAAAAACGAAAUUAAGACUCUGAAAGGGCGUCUGGACAAUCAGAUUGCAGAAACUGCAAAAAACAAAAAGGAAAUUGAGACUCUGGAAAACCAUCUGGACACAAUGAAAACCUUGGAAAAAGAACGUCUCGACACGAUUAAAACUCUGGAAGAAGAACGUCUGGACAAGAUAAAGACUCUGGAAGGACGUCUAGACAAUCAGAUUGCAGAAGCUGCAAACAACAAAAAGGAAAUAGAGACUCUGAAAGAACGUCUGGACAAGACUCUUGAAGAUGAACGGCUGGACAAAAUGAAGACUUUGGAAGAAAAUCGCCUGGACAAAAAGAAGACUCUCGAAGAACGCCUGGACAAAAUGAAGUAUCUGGAAGAACAUCUGGAAAAAAUGAAGAAUCUGGAAGAACGUCUGAACACAAAGACUCUGGAAAAACAAUGCCUGGACACGAUGAAGACUCUGGAAAAAGAAUGUCUAGACAAGAUGAAAACUCUGGAAGACCGUCUAGACAAUCAGAUUGCAGAAACUGCAAAAAACAAAAAGGAAAUUGAGACUCUGGAAAAACGUCUGGAAAUGAUGAAAACCCUUGAAGAACGUCGAGACAAGAUGAAGACCCUGGAAGAAUGUUUGGCCAAUCAGAUUGCAGAAGCUGCACACAACAAAAAGGAAAUGGAGACUCUAGAAGAACGUCUGGACAAGAUGAAAACCCUAGAAGAAGAACGCCAGGACAAGAUGAAGACCCUGGAAGAAGAACGUCUGGACAAGAUGAAGAGUCUGCAAGAAUGUUUGGCCAAUCAGAUUGCAGAAGCUGCACACAACAAAUUGGAAAUGGAGGACUUGGUUAAAGUGUUAGAUCCUGAGCAUUUUCUCACGCCACUUGUCGACAUGGUGAAGACUCUGGAGGAACGUCUGGACAAGAACGCAGCAGAAGAAGCCAACGCCGUGGUGGUGUUCUCAGCGGGGCUGGAAGGAAGAGCUGGGACCACUAAGGCCAGCAAUGGGGAUCAAAUACUGGUCUACAAUAAGAUGGUGAUCAAUGUGGGUGGUGGCUAUGACGACAGCACAGGCAUUUUCAAAGUCCCCAUCAAGGGCCUCUACUUCGUCACCUUCACCUGUGGAAAAUGUUAUAAUUAUAAUAUGGGGGCAUGGGUGACGAAGAACAACCAUGACAAGCUGAUCUGUGUGUUUGACGACAAUAACGGUAACAGCAGAAUUACCAACAGCAUUGUGGUGGAAAUGGAGGUGGGAGACGACCUUCGGGUUUUCUUGGAGAAUGGUCACACCAUCCUUACCACUUGUAUACGCACCACCUUCAGCGUCUUUCUCAUCAAGCACAUGUAAACAACAGGCUGGACUGGAUAGGGUGGACCAACAAAGGUAAAAACACAAGAAAACAAGAUGAAAAUAUUAAAGAACACAAAGGACUAAAGACAUUAAAAGAGCACUGAGUUGAUGCAACCAGCUGAGCCGUUUCUACAAAUAGCUGAGAUGGGAGCAGACCCAACAAAGGACUCCGUCCUAGGCUGCCCACUAGCCCCCGGCCAAUGUCCGGUCCGCAUACAUUCUUAUCUAUCCAGGACUCCCUGAAGCUCAGCCAUCAGCGCUUGUGCCCUAGGCCCGUCUCUUCGUCCGCAUCUCCUGUGCAAACAACACCAAGGACAAAUGGCUCCCCCGAGGCAGAUCCAAAAGUUGUUGCGCAGUCCCGAAAGAGCCCCAAUCAAAAGGCAAAAAACACACAAAAACAAGAGGAAACCUCAAGAACAGAAAAUAACUCCUGCAGCCACCACAGCGGUGCCAUCUUGGAAAAUAAAAAAAAUGCCUGCCAGUGGCCGCUGUCAGCGAGAUUAGCCCUGUUGGACACCUGCUGAGUUGCUUUUCUGCUCGGCACUCACAUCCUCUUCCUUGACUUUAUUAGUGAUUGUUACAUGUUUGUUCAAUAAGAACAAGGUAUGAUGCAAAAAAAUGGGAGGAGGGCAUGUAGCGAGUGAAGGACGUCGGCAAGCUGUCUGUCCUAAUUACAUAUCAAAUACUGUUUGACUAUGUUAAUUACAGUUUGAAUUUUCUAAUACAAGUUUGACUUUGGUUGCUAUUUACUACUUGACUUUGUUUGCUAAUUACAGUUUGAAUUUGGUUGUUAAUUACUACUUGACUUUGUUUGCUAAUUACUGUGACUUUGUUUGCUAAUUGACUUUGUUUGUUAAUUACUACUUUGUUUGCUAAUUACGGUUUGACUUUUGCUAAUAACGGUUUGACUUUGUUUGCUAAUUACUACUAUGUUAAUUAUUGUUUGACUUUGUCUACUAAUAACUGACUUUGUCUGCUAAUUACUGUGACUUUGUCUGCUAAUUACUGUUUGACUUUGUUUGCUAAUUAUUGUUUGACUUUGUUAGCCAAUUACUACUUGACUUAGUUUGCUAAUUACUGUUUGACUUUGUUUUCUAAUUACUGUUUGACUUUGUUUGCUAAUUGCUAUUUAACAUUGUUAGCUAAUUACUACUUGACUUUGCUAAUUACUGUUUGACUUUGCUUGCUAACUACUGUUUGACUUUGUUUGCUAUUUGCUAAUUACUGUUUGACAUUGUUUGCUAAUUACUACUUGACUUUGUUAGCUAAUUACUACUUGAUUUUGCUUGCUAAUUACUGUGACUGUUGGCUAAUUACUGUUUGACUUUGUUUGCUAAUUACUGUGACUUAGUUGCUAAUUACUGUGACUUUGUUUGCUAAUUACUGUGACUAUUUUUGCUAAUUACUACUUGACUUUGUUUGCUAAUUACUGUUUGACUUUUUUUGCUAAAUACUACUUGACUUUGUUUGCUAAUUACUACUUGACAGCUAAUUACAGUUUGAUUUUGUUUUGUAAUUAGUUAGGUUUUGUUUGCUAAUUACUGUUCGCUAAUUACUACUUGACUUUGUUUGCUAAUUACUACUUGACUUUGUUAGCUAAUUACUACUUGACUUUGCUUGCUAAUUACUGUGACUGUUGGCUAAUUAUUCAGGGAGAAGGUAGUAAAUGGAUGGAUGUUUGCUAAUUAUGGUUUGACUGUUUGCUAAUUACUGUUUGACUGUUUGACUUUGUUUGCUUUUUUAUUUUAUUUUUUACUUUGUUUGGUAAUUACUGUUUUGACUCGGUUUGUGAAUUACUGUUUGACUUUUUAUUGCUAAUAACGGUUUGACUUUUUUUGGUAAUUACGGUUUGACUUUGUCUACAAAUUACUGUUUUUACUUUGUCUGUGUUUGCUAAUACUGUUUGACUUUGCUAAUUAAUGUUUGGCUUUAGUAGCUAAUUACUACUUGACUUUGCUUGCUAAUUACUGUUUGACAUUGUUUGCUGAUUACUACUUGACUUUGUUAGCUAAUUACUACUUGACUUUGUUAGCUAAUUACUGUUUGACGUUUGCUAAUUACUGUUUGACUUUUUUUCCUAAUAACUGUUUGACAUUGUUUGCUAAUUACUACUUAACUUUGUUAGCUAAUUACUACUUGACUUUGUUAGCUAAUUACUGUUUGACGUUUGCUAAUUACUGUUUGACUGUUUUUGCUAAUUAUAUUUUGGCAGUGUUAAUGACUGACUUAGUUUGCUAAUUACAUUUUGCCAGUGUUAAUGACUGACUUAGUUUGCUAAUUAUUACAUUUUAGCAGUGUUAAUGACUGACUUAGUUUGCUAAUUACAUUUUGCCAGUGUUAAUGACUGACUUAGUUUGCUAAUUACAUUUUGGUUGUGUUAAUGACUGACUUUGUUUGCUAAUUAAAUUUUGGCUGUAUUACUACUAUUAGUACACAAUGACUAUUUGGAACUCUUCCUACUAAACAUGUCCUUUUUUGGGCUAAUUAGUCGUAAUAGAAACUUUUUAUCAUAUAUUUGACAAGUACUGUAGUGUUUUUGCAUUAUGUUCCUUGCUGAAUCCUGCAAUAAAUGUUUUUUU